GGAGGACACGGUGGAGGAGCGGGUUAUCAGCGAGGAGUACAAGAUCUGGAAGAAAAACACCCCCUUCUUGUACGACCUGGUGAUGACACAUGCUCUGGAGUGGCCCAGCCUCACCGUGCAGUGGUUGCCUGAUGUGACCAGGCCAGAAGGAAAGGAUUACGCUCUACACUGGCUGGUUUUGGGAACACACACGUCCGAUGAACAGAACCACCUGGUUGUUGCAAGAGUCCAGAUUCCCAAUGAUGAUCAGUUUGAUGCUUCGCAAUAUGACAGUGAGAAAGGAGAGUUUGGUGGCUUUGGAUCUGUGACUGGCAAAAUUGAAACGGAGAUUAAAAUUAAUCAUGAAGGUGAAGUAAACCGUGCUCGUUACAUGCCGCAGAAUCCCUGCAUCAUUGCUACAAAAACACCAUCUGCUGAUGUGUUGGUAUUUGACUACACUAAACAUCCUUCAAAACCAGACCCAAGUGGAGAGUGUAAUCCUGACCUUAGAUUAAGAGGCCACCAGAAGGAAGGCUAUGGCUUAUCAUGGAACUCAAAUUUGAGUGGACAUCUUCUCAGUGCAUCAGAUGAUCAUACUGUGUGUUUAUGGGAUAUAAGUGCUGGACCAAAAGAAGGCAAAAUUGUUGAUGCGAAAGCAAUCUUUACUGGGCAUUCUGCAGUAGUAGAAGACGUGGCAUGGCAUCUGCUCCAUGAAUCUCUGUUUGGAUCCGUGGCGGAUGAUCAGAAGCUUAUGAUCUGGGACACAAGAUCUAAUACCACAUCCAAGCCAAGUCAUUCUGUAGAUGCUCAUACAGCCGAGGUCAACUGUCUGUCCUUCAAUCCUUACAGCGAGUUCAUUCUAGCAACUGGUUCUGCUGACAAGACGGUGGCUCUGUGGGAUCUUCGAAACUUAAAAUUGAAACUCCAUUCUUUCGAGUCUCAUAAAGAUGAAAUUUUUCAGGUUCACUGGUCUCCUCAUAAUGAAACAAUUCUUGCUUCAAGUGGUACUGAUCGUCGGCUUAACGUAUGGGAUCUAAGCAAAAUUGGAGAAGAGCAGUCUGCAGAGGAUGCAGAAGAUGGGCCUCCUGAGCUGCUGUUUAUUCAUGGAGGACACACUGCCAAGAUUUCAGACUUCAGUUGGAAUCCUAAUGAGCCUUGGGUAAUCUGUUCUGUAUCAGAGGACAACAUAAUGCAGAUCUGGCAAAUGGCAGAAAACAUUUACAAUGAUGAAGAACCAGAUAUAGCAGCAGCCGAACUGGAGGGUCAAGGAACAUAA